AUGGCGUGCCUCCACGAGACCCGCACACCCUCUCCAUCCUUUGGCAGUUUCAACACUAUCUUAACAGAGAGCUCCCUCCGCAAGCUGGACCCUGACGCCUCGGACUGCACCCCUGAGAAGGACCUGACGCCCACCCAGUGUGUCCUGAGGGAUGUGCUGCCCAUCGAUGGGGGUAGAGGCGGCGGUAGCGGGCACAGCCCCAGCCCCAGCGAGGAGGGGCACGACCAGUUUGCCAACAGUGUCCUGCAGCUCCACGAGAAUGAAGCUGGCGGGGGAGGCGGGGCCGGCGCAGGGGCCGGCGCCGGGAACCCCGAGGUGCGGCCUACCCGUUACCAUGCCAACCAAGUCCGGAUCCACUGCCACGCGGGGAGUGGCUUCCUGGAAGGCCUGUUUGGUUGCCUCAAGCCUGUCUGGACCAUGAUCGGCAAGGCAUAUUCCACCGAACACAAACAGCAGCAGGAAGACCCCUGGGAGGUGCCCUUCGAGGAGAUCAUGGACCUGCAGUGGGUGGGCAGUGGGGCCCAAGGCGCUGUAUUCCUGGGACGCUUCCAUGGGGAGGAGGUGGCCGUCAAGAAGGUGCGAGACCUCAAGGAGACGGACAUCAAGCACCUGCGGAAACUGAAGCACCCCAACAUCAUCACCUUCAAGGGUGUUUGCACCCAGGCCCCCUGCUACUGCAUCAUCAUGGAGUUCUGUGCCCAGGGUCAGCUGUAUGAAGUGCUGCGUGCCGGGCGCAAGGUCACCCCCUCGCUGCUGGUCGACUGGUCCAUGGGCAUUGCUGGCGGCAUGAAUUAUCUGCACCUGCAUAAGAUCAUCCACCGUGAUCUCAAGUCACCCAACAUGUUGAUCACUUACGAUGAUGUGGUGAAGAUCUCUGACUUCGGCACUUCCAAAGAGCUCAGCGACAAGAGCACCAAGAUGUCCUUUGCCGGAACGGUGGCCUGGAUGGCCCCAGAAGUCAUUCGGAAUGAGCCUGUCUCUGAGAAGGUUGACAUCUGGUCCUUUGGAGUCGUCCUCUGGGAGUUGCUGACGGGAGAGAUCCCUUACAAGGAUGUGGAUUCCUCAGCCAUCAUCUGGGGGGUAGGCAGCAACAGCCUCCAUCUUCCUGUGCCCACCAGCUGCCCUGACGGUUUCAAGAUCCUGCUAAGACAGUGCUGGAACAGCAAACCUCGGAACCGGCCCUCCUUCCGCCAGAUCCUUCUCCAUCUUGACAUUGCGUCCGCCGAUGUGCUGUCUACACCGCAAGAGACCUACUUCAAAUCCCAGGCUGAAUGGAGGGAGGAAGUGAAGCUGCAUUUUGAAAAGAUCAAGUCAGAGGGGACAUGUCUGCAUCGCUUGGAGGAGGAGCUGAUCCACCGGCGACGAGAAGAACUCAGGCACGCUUUGGACAUCCGGGAGCAUUACGAGCGCAAGCUGGAGCGAGCCAACAACCUGUACAUGGAGCUCAACUCCCUCAUGUUGCAGCUGGAGCUGAAGGAGAAGGAGCUGCUCCGGCGGGAGCAAGCCCUGGAGAAGAAGUACCCUGGGCUCUUUAAGCACCAUCCUUCACGCAGCCUCCUGCAUGGCAACACCGUGGAAAAGCUGAUCAAGAAGAGGAACGUGCCUCAGAAACUCUCUCCGCACAGCAAGAGGCCUGACAUUCUGAAGACGGAGGUCAUCAUGGACCCCACCCUGCCCCAGCUCGCCAUCCCCGUGUGUCAGAAAGGGCCCCCAUCCCCCGGGCGCAGCCGCCGGGCAAAGUCGCGCUACCGGAAGGUCAGCACCCGAGGCAGCUGUGGGGAGCUGGCCGAUCCGGGGGGAGCCAAGCGCCUAGAGCCCUGUGCAGCCCUCAGGGGGCUCCAGCACGACCUCCUGUUGCGCAAGAUGUCAUCUUCCAGCCCCGACCUCAUCUCCACCACCCUGGGGGCCGAAGGACGCAAGGGGGCGGCCGGCCCCGAAUCCCCGCCGGCCGAGCAGCCCCGCAGUGAGACGCCCAGCGAAGACACGGCCUCCGUCCCCUGCUCCAGCAGCCCCGAGUCACCCUCUUCACGACAAGGCGCCGUGGGCCCACCAGGGAAGGCCAGGCUCCAGCCGGGAGAGGAAGCCGAGCGGGAACAGGGCAGGGGCAGCCGAGCAGCGGCCACACCGCAAUCCCAGCACCUCACGCCAGCGGCCAUGUUGUAUCGGGCAGCCGUCACCCGGAGCCAGAAGCGUGGGGUCUCCUCGGAGGAGGAGGAAGGCGAGGUAGACAGCGAAGUUGAGCUCCCUCUCCGGCAAAGGUGGCCUCAGGCUAUGAGCAAGCGGCAGUCGCUCUCCACUUUCAGCUCCGAGAACCUCUCCGAUGGGGAUGGCGAGGAGGGCACUGCCAGCGAGGGCACAGCAUCCCACAGUGGCGGCACACCGGAUGUGGCCAGCACCAACACAGACGAACGCCUGGAUGCCGAGCGCUCGGACGACGACAUCCUGGGGCAGUCGGACGGGCUGUCUGAAAAGGAGGCGGCCAUCCAGCUUGUCAAACGCCAGCUCAGUGCCGAGCAGAACCCUGGAGAGGACGCUGCUGCCUACGAGGAUUCGGACUGCGACAGUGCCGAACUGGACCAUUCAGGCAGCGGGGAGAUGCAGAGACUUCAGGACAUGCCCAGUUUGUGAUUGCACCCGUCUGGCUUUUCCUUCCCCAGGUUGUACAGACCCCUGGCCCUUCCUCUGCCUCCCUGCACCACGACCACCUCCCCAGAUAUUUAUAUAAAUAAUCUAUAAAAGCUCUAUAUAAAUCUAUAUAUCUCAUAAUCUCUGGAAGGAGAGCCAGUGCGCCUCAUCCCUCCCCAUCCCGUCCCUGCCUUCUUUCGGACUGGUUGUGGGGUCGAGGGCCGCUUCCCUGCCACCGGGGCUUGCAGUUUUCACUUGGGGCAGCUGGAGA